AUUCACACGAGGUAUGAAAAAAUUGAGUCAAGAGCAGCACUUCUCUAAGAAUAUUAGACCAUCGACCAAUGCUGGCCUUUGCAAGUACAAGAAGUUAAUUUUCCACCUGCCAUCAACGAGUAGUGUUAAAGCAGGAAAAGUAGCAGUUCGUCGUUCGCCAAAGCAUUUCUGUUGUGGUUGUGACCGUGAACGCAUCAGAAGGCCAAGGACAUCCAUCGUCAGUGUCAGUGUCAACAGCCAACAGUAGCCAAUACAUCAAUAAAAUAUCAGAUUAAAAAUCGACAAUGAGUUGGAAAAUAGUCACACUAGUGGUACUUAUAACAGCAGCGGCUGGUCAAAACGAAUCGACGUCAUCGGACAGCGAAAUUAUUGAUGUACCCGAAAAGGUCGGUGCACCUUUACCAGGACCUAUGGACGAAUGUGAUCCCGAUAUGAUAGGAUUUGAACUGGUCACAGGUUACGUAUUCUCUGCCCCGGGGAACGUCUUAGAUUCGAUCCCUGGAACGCUGAUGUUAACGGACUGCCUAGAAAUGUGCCAAGGAAAUGAUAGCUGCCGCGCCGUCAAUUAUGAAACAGGACUUUGCAUUAUCUUUAGUGCAAAUGCUGAUGUUCUACCUGGUGCGUUAACGAAAUCUCAGUUUCCCGUCUUCACGAUCUACGCACAAAAAUCGUGUCUUGGAGUGAAACCGUGCGAAAGAGCGUGGUGCAUAGAUCGCGUACAAAAUUACCGUCUGGUGGGUUAUUCUAAAAGUCAGCAAGUUGUAAAUUCCCGUCAGGAAUGCCUGGAACUAUGUCUUGGAGAGACAGAAUUUGCCUGCAGAUCGUCGAACUACAACAAUUUCACCGGGGAAUGCGAACUGUCGAGUAUGGAUAGAAUCACAUUAGCGGGUAGUACCGCAUUUCAACAAGCAAACGGGUACGAGUAUUUAGAAAAUAACUGCGUCGAAGAGCCGACUAAACUUUGCGAAUUCAAAAAGCUGAAAGGCCGCAUCAUGAAAACGGUAGAUUCUGUAUAUCAAGAUGUUGGAUCGGUAGAUGAAUGUCGCGAACUUUGCCUUAACUCACCUUACCGUUGCCAUUCCUACGAUUAUGGUGAUACCGGUGAUAUGGUCUGUCGUCUUAGCCAUCACUCACGCGCCACCUUAGCCGACAUACAGGAUCCUUACCUUGACGUUCCAGAAGGGGCGACGUACGAACUUAGCUCAUGUUACAACGUAAGCAUCGACUGCCGCUCUGGUGACAUGGUCGCCCGUAUUCAAACUAGCAAACUGUUCGAUGGAAAGAUUUACGCUAAAGGUAGCCCUAACUCUUGCGUACGGGACGUUAAUAACAGCUUGGAAUUUGAAUUGCACAUGGCAUACGACGAUCUCGAAUGUAACGUUAAAAAGAAUGGCCUUGGAAGAUAUGUUAAUGACGUUGUAAUACAGCAUCAUGACAAAAUAGUAACGAGCUCCGAUUUAGGACUUGCAGUCACCUGCCAGUACGAUUUAACUAACAAAAGCGUUACAAACGAGGUGGAUUUAGGAGUUCACGGAGACAUUCAACCCGCUCUAUCGGAAGAAGUCACCGUCGACUCGCCGAACGUCGCGAUGAAAAUUACGGACAGAAGUGGAGGAGACGUUAUGCCCACCGCCGAAGUUGGAGAUCCUCUUGCACUUCGUUUCGAGAUUAUCGACAAGAACAGCCCCUACGAAAUUUUUGUUCGGGAUUUGGUGGCAAUGGACGGUGUGGAUUCUAGCGAGAUCGUUUUAAUAGACUCAUCCGGCUGCCCUACGGACCACUUUAUUAUGGGACCCAUUUACAAGUCGGCGGAUUCGGGAAAGAUUCUAUUAUCGCACUUCGACGCCUUCAAAUUUCCAUCUUCAGAAGUAGUUCAAUUCCGUGCUCUAGUGACUCCAUGCAUGCCAGCCUGCGAGCCGAUCCAAUGUGAUCAAGAAGAAGAAUCAACUGGAGAAUUGCGUUCCGUUGAAUCGUACGGGAAGCGCAGAAGACGUCGCUCAACCGCCGAAGUAAACGAAGAUAUGAUUUUAGUGCAGUCGAUUCAAAUUACCGACAAAUUCGGUUUCGAACGUGAUAUGAAUACAAGUAGGUCUAUUGGCAGUGAAGCCGUGUAUAUCCCCAAUAAUGAACCGGGACUAUGCGUUAAUAUGGCGGGAUUAAUAGUUGCCGGAACCGUCUUUUUAGCGGCGCAAUUGGCUGUUAUCGCCGCCUGGACCUUCAUUUGGCAAAGGCGACGACUUGGACAUAAAUUACAUUCCGAUGCAAUGUCGGUAAGUGUAAGUUUGCCAUCGGGACUAAGUGGUAACCGUACGGAUAGUCUUUGUAAAUUAUACGACGCCGGUUAUGCUCACUCUCGUAGAUUUUAAGACAGCCACUUUAUGUGUUCCAUAUUCUGACAUUUUAUCGGCCAAUCGCGUGUGAUAGCUAUACUUAUGAGUUUAUUUCAGAUUAAACGUUAUAAUUACAAGUGUCGCCACCGUUAUGUGACCACCGAAAUUAUACGUUAUACUUGUAUUAGCAUGAUAUCCAAGAAACAGGUGCUAUUUAUCUAUUUGAACUAUAAUUAACUACAUUUAACUGUAAGAAUGUUUAGCCUGUACCCCCCACGUAUAAAUUAUCCCUAAUUGUUUAGCGUGAACCCAUAUUCACUUCUAAAUCGACGAACUCGUGCACUUUAAGCGACGAGUUGAAAAGUAACGUUAUUUGCAUUACUCGCCUAUUUCCUUUGCAGCCAAUACUUCAGCCAAAUUAGCUUCUGGGUUAGGUUAUACACUUUAUGAAGUCAAGUAGUUAUAACGUUACUUUAGAUGCCGGUGGCGCAGUAUUAAGGACUCCAGGACGAUCGUGUAUGCUCCGGUAUUAAGUGUGAGUGAGAAAAAUUGCUAUUAGUGAUAUAAGAGUGCAUGUACUUUUGAAUGAUAUUUAUAAAUGCUUGUCCUCGUUUCCUAAUACUAGAAGCGCCGAUUUUGCUUAUAGAUUAUAAACUGUAAUUGAAUAAAAGCAAAAUCGUCACGAGAAAGCGCCAAAUUUUUAUCCUUCCAUUAUAGCGUUAUAUAUAAUUUAAAUUUAAGAGCAUAAUAAUUAUGUACCGACAAUUCAGCUGAUUAUUGAUCUGAAUAAACAAUUUCAUACAA